AGAGUGAAAUUACAAACCAUCUCAGGGAAACAGUUAGGAACCAUGUACAGUAUUGCACACUUAAAACCAGUAAAAGAGCCAACAACAUUAGCUGCUGAAAGCACAUCAGAGGGAAAAACUGGCACUGAAAUUGGAGUUGGUGACGCUGAACCAGAAACACCCACGGAAGAGAUUAGAGAAGUGGAUGGCACUGUAUCUCAUGACAGCAAAGUGGAAAACAUAGAGGUCACAGCAAUAGAAAAAGAGGAAUAUAUAGGGCAAGAUGUGUCAAACAAUGAUACAAGUGAUGCUGAUGACAGUUUUGAUGACAUGCUUACAGAGGAAGUGGAAGACAAGCAAUGGCUUCUGAAAGUAAAAUUGGUAAUGACCAGCAAACACACAGAGAGACUGGAGGCGAAAGUGAGAAACAUAAAAUUGUAUGGCUCUUCAUUUCAUUGCCUGAAACCGAGAAGCUGGAUAAGUGAUGAGGUUAUUGAUGCAUUUUUGAGCUGUGUAGUUGAGAAAGCAGAUGGAAAGGUACAAGCCAUCUCAUCAGUAGUUUCCACUGUCAUUCUCUCAGGCAGAGCUACACAAGUGAAAGUGAAGAUAGCCUUGAUGAAAAAAAAGGAAUUGUUAAUAAUUGACCCAUUGUGUGAUGAGAUCAGAUAUGAAAGAACAUGCCUGAGGAAUUGGAGAAACUUCAUCAAACGAUUAACUAGUAAAUCCUCAUCUGAUUGGAACAGUAAAAUUAUGCAGCAUCCCAGACAAAGUGAUGGCCACAACUGUGGACCACUCAUUUUAAAGUUUGCAGAAACAUAUUUGCAGCACAAAGACAUCAGUAUGGUGGAAACAACACAGAAGGCUAAUACUGCGUUUAGAAGACAUAUAGCAAUUCUUCUAAUGAAGGAGUCAGAAAGCGUGGAGGACUACUGCAUAUACUGCAACCUUAUCGACUGUGAAAAAGAAAGUGAGGAUUGCACGAUGGCCCAGUGUGUUUCUUGCAAGAGGUGGGCACACAUACCAUGCAUUACAGAAGGAAUCAAUCAAGAAAACCUGACAUAUGAGAAGAAAGAGUACAACUGCAAGACAUGUGCAUAGUUCACUUCAUUAACAAAAAGAAAAAAGGCAAUAAAGAAAACCCAUUGUUUAACUGCCUCUUGUUCAUAACAUAAUGCAACCCAAAGAAAUAUAUUUCUAUGUAUACAUCAGAUUAUAAUAAAUGUUCUUGAUGUUAAAUAAA